GCAUCCAAGGAACAGGAAAUUCCUUGUGGUUUGAGUUGUGGAGUGCAAAGUUGAUUUGUAAGGAACACAACAUGGGAACUGCAAAACAGUGAAGGGGUGGGAGUGCACUGUGACCUGGUGUUGUGUGGUAUUUAACACUGUGCUCAGUAAGGGAGCAGUGAUCAAGCUGACAGGCUGUGUUAUUGUGCUGCACAGCACUCUGUUUGCCCACCACCGGGAAAUGCAGCGAGUGGAGGAGUUUGCAUUAAUUAGGCAACACAUUUGCAGCUGCAUUAAUUAUCCCCAGGUUUGAGAUGGAGAUGUGAUGGAGAGUUCCCCAAGUCUGUGGUGAAUGAGCAAGGGGCAGUGUCUGGACAGUGGACACCCCCCCCACGGGGUCACCUCUGGCGGGGGGAUGGAGGGCACGGACAUCGGGGAGUGGUUCUACCACCAGCGCCUGGCUGACGGCCUCUACCUGAUCCGGGAGCGUUACUUCGAGUCGGGGAACCGGGCGAACAUGUGGCUGCUGCGGGGCUCCGCUCGGGACGUGGUGGUGGACACGGGCCUGGGCCUGGGCAGCCUGCCCGAGUACCUGCGGCGGCACGGCCUGCUCGACGGCCGCCGGCCCCUGCUCGCCGUCGCCACCCACGUCCACUUCGACCACGCGGGCGGCCUGCGGCACUUCGAGGGCGGCCGGGUGGCGGUGCACCGCGCCGAGGCGGCGGCGCUGGCCCGCGGCGACCAGCUGGAGGCGGUCUGCUGGCUCGGCGAGCGGGAGCUGAGGCGCCCGCCUCCCGGGGCAGGCCCAGGAUGGACGGCCCGCGGUUACCGGGUACAGGCCGUCAGCGCCGGCCUCCUGCUGGAGCACGGCGACCUGCUGGAGCUGGGGGACACGCAGCUGCGGGUGCUGCACACCCCCGGGCACUCCAGGGGCAGCGUGUGUCUCCAUGAGGCCCGGCGCGGCCUCCUGUUCACCGGCGACACCCUGUACCAGGGGGCUCUCAUUGACUGGCUGCCCCACAGCAACGUGGGCCAUUACCGCCGGAGCUGCAGGCACCUCCUGGAGCUGCUGGACCAAGGCCAGGUACACACCGUGCUGCCCGGGCACUUCGACCCCUUCGGGCCCGACACGAUGCGCAGCCUGGCCUCGGACUACCUGGCCCGGGCUGGGCUCUGCCACAGGAUUACGGCCAGUGCCAUCGGCUGCCUGGCAAACGUAGCACUGAGGGGGAGGCACUUGACCAGAUGACCAGCCAGAGGGCCAGGACAGGACACCAGCCACUGGGCCAGAGGGACGGGCCAGGACACCAGCCACGGGGCCAGAGGGCCAGGCCAGGACACC